GGGGGAAAAAUAUAGUGAGAGGGACAGGGAGAGAGGGUGCAAGAAAGGUAUAGUGAAAAAAAAAGAAAGAGAGAAAGAGAAAGAGGAAGAGAGAGAGAGAAAAUAACAGAAGGACUUGGAUAGUCUUUUAUUGAAUUAAUAAACUAAUCCUUUUUCAAGGUAUUAAGUUGAAUUUGAAGCAAUGAAAAAGAACGCAUCAGACAAUACGUUCGUUACGGGCGUCGCUCCGGAACGACGCACCCCCCCCCUCGUACAUGGCAGUCAUUCUGGAACGACGCAUAAUAUCCCCCACCCUUACAUGGCCGCCGUUCCGGAACGACGCACUCUUCUAGAAAGCCCCUGCUUUUUGAAGCAAGUUGUACGGUAUUUAUCGAUUUGUCGACGGUAUCGUGAAGAUUGUUUUUGAAUUUGACCUUUUUUUUUAAAAAAAAAAAGAAGUUUUUUUAUUAUGUAGAUUGGAAAAAGGUCGACUCACAUAAAUGUAUUGUCUAAGAAGAACAUCCAACAACAUCCUCAAAAAAUACAAUUUUAGCAAUGAGUUCUAUAAAAGAUAAUAAUGAUUUAAAUGUUCCUGGACCUUCCGCACCACAGGCGAAAAAAAUAAAAUUGAGCUCAGCUUUUUGCAUGGAGAAUUUUUUGUUGUCGGACAUAAACAAGGAAAAUGUCGACCAGAUUUUGGAAGAGCUCAGCGGCCCUACCAAUGAGGAUGACCAGGAGGCAGAAGGGGAUGAAGAUGAUGAGAAAUUUGAAAUAGGAGAAAAUAAUAAUUCUCCUCUAAAAGAAGUGGACAUUUCAGAAGUAAGGCCACGCUUACCUCUUUCCACCCUUCCGUCUACAAAACACUCUGUAAACCAGAAAAAUGAUCCUCCAAGCACAAGACCUUUCUUCCCUUUCACUGGAAAUGGAGGAAUUUUCCAUCAAGACCAGACACCUGAUAAGUAUUUUGACUUACUUUUUACAGACCAAUUUCUGGACAACAUUGUGACAGAAACAAACCGACAUGCAACUCACUUAAUGAUGACAAGUAAAUUAAAAAACUGGAAAGACUUGACUAGGGAUGAACUAAAAAUUUUUUUAGGAAUAUAUUUUCAUAUGGGCAUAAUAAAAAUUUCAGGUAGGAUUACUGCCUACUGGGACAAAAGCUACUUGUAUAACAUGACAUUUUUUCAAAGACUUUCACAAGACCGUUUUCUGGGGAUUCUUCAGUGUUUGCAUUUUGCAAAGAAUCCAGCCCCUAAUGAGGAAGCAUCGAAGAAUCCCCUUUACAAACUGGCACCAGUACUUGUACAUUUUCAUAAAACAAUGACGGACUUAGAUGAACCAGGACGAGAAAUAUUGGUGCCAUGGAGGGGAAGACUAUUUUUUAGGUCUUAUAUACCAAAUAAGGUCCAUAAAUAUGUCAUAAAAUUGUACAUGCUUGCUGAGAACGAUGGACUAAUCCAUCGUUUCUUGGUAUAUGCUGGUGUAAGGGAUCCAAAAUUUAGUAGUCAGGGUCAUAUUUAUAAAGUUGUCCACAAAUUGUUGGAUGGCCUGAAAAAUACAGGUCGUUCACUUUUUGUGGAUAACUUUUAUACAAGUGUGGUUCUGGCAGACCAACAUCAACAUGAGGAGACCUUGCUUACGGGCACUCUAAUGGCCAACAGAAAAGAUAAUCCAACUUACAUAAUUACAAAAAAACUUUCCCAUGGUGAAGUUGUCCAGCAUUGGACUAAUACUGGAAUCAAAUUCGCCAAAUGGAAAGACAAGAGGAAUGUGUUAACCAUUUCAACAGAAUUUGCAGGUGAUUUGGUUAACCCCACCUCUCAAAGAGGCAUUCAAAAGCAAACGCCUGAAGCACUGUAUCAAUAUAAUAGCUUCAUUUGUGGUAUUGAUCACUGUGAUCAGAUGAUAAGCUAUUAUAUUGGUGCACGAAAGUCUUUAAAAUGGUACAAAAAACUUGGAUUCCACAUAAUGGAAGUUUUACUUUUGAAUGCCUAUUUGUUAUAUAAAAGAUACAGUGUACAAUCAACUACACUAAAUCUUUUGCAAUUCCGAGAAAAUAUCAUUAAGUAUUUAGUGCCUCCCCUUCCAUCUGACAACCCAAUGUCUUCCCCAUCCUCCUCAAGACGUGACAUUAUUCAUUUGAGUUCUACCCAUUUCCCAACAAGUACCAAAAAUUCCGAGGGCUCAAGAGGUGGAAGAAAAAGUCAGAAAAGGUGUAGGCAGUGCAGCAAGUCGAAAGUGCAAAAAAUGACAACUUUAUACUGCCCUUCCUGCCCUAAUGAGCCUGGCCUUUGUCUAGAAUGUUUUCUUCCUUUCCACAAAGAAAAUGGAUUUCUUGUAGUUUAGAAACUAAACUGAAAGCUCAAUUUCUAAAAUAAAACAAUUGCCUUUUCUUUACUAUAAUUAUUGUAAAUAAUUAAAGUUUUUAAUGAAUAUGUA